AUGCCUCCCAAGAUUGAAGAGGUGGACGGCAAAGACAGGAAGGUCAUAAAGAACCCGUUUGCUCCAAGGAAGUCUACCACUGUCCAGCGGUCCAGGGAUGAGGUUUACCCGGAAAGAAAGGGCUUGAACAAGCCACAGUACUUGGGUGAUAGCGAUCUUGAUUUGAUCUUUCAAAGGCUCGAAGGGAUUCUACUGCCUAAGCUAGAAGAUACCACCAUAGAUGGUCUAUAUAAGGUGCUUUUUGAAGAUAGGGAGACGGAGGAUAAACGGUGGGCGGUCGUGGAAAGACUACUUGACUAUUUGAUCGAGAUUAAGACGUACUCGGUGAAGGUUAAUGCUAAGGAUAACGAUAAGAACCUUCUAUCUAUCUCUUUGCAUGAUAUCAGAAUAUUUGCUAAGCUUGUGAAUGUGAUUAUUAUUCUUGGAAUCUACCCGUGUCUUCACCCUUUGCGGAUCGGUAUUCCUUUGGAAAAGAGAAGACUUAAGGACUUUGGUUCUCCAAUCUAUAAACCGAUUACGAUUGACCAGGUACCGGCUGCCAAGGGCGCUAAGUCGUACACUGAAAGACACAAGCAGCAUGAGUUGCUUCUAACGAUGAUCUAUAAUAAGUUGACGGAGGUUUUCUUUGAAAAAUCUGAUGUGCAACAGCUUCUAAUGAAAGGCAGUGGGUACUCUGAUUUCCUUACUGUGGCUAUAACACUUGCAACGGUGCCUUACUUCAGUAUUGAAAUCCGUGAAAAGGUGCUUAGGGAGUAUUCUACGGUGACAACUAUUGCAUCCACGUUCGAGCUUUACCAGGAUUACUCUUUACUAGUGCAGUCGCCAUCUCCAGGUUUUUUCAAGACUUUUGUCAUGCAAAAAUUGCAAGCGCUUCCUUACUCUGCUCCAAAGGGCGAUGGACUUCUCACAUUAAUGGAAUAUGUGCUUGGUUUGAGAGAUCAGGAAGAUAUUGGCAUUGAAAAGCUCGACCAGGUGGCUAGUGUGGUUCUACAGAAACCGAGAGACUGUCCCAGCAGUGAGUACUUCACGUCAAUUGGUAACCAAUGCUACGACCUUCUCGUCAACAUUAAUAGACCCACCAUCACGAGUUGCACGUCGCAUGUCAUUGAGAAGAUAUGGUAUAAGAAUCCAAGGAUUGUCGAGGACUUCAUUCUCAAGCGUAUUUGGCGAAACCUUGAUCCAAAGCCCGAGGACACUACUGACAUGGUACUUGUAUCAGAGGCAGCAUUAAACAACAACAUUAACGUCCUACUUACCUUGUCUUCCAAAGGUCUCCCUGUCCCACUCCUCAUGUCCAUUUUCAUGUCUAUACUUGUUCCCCUCUGGUCCUACUAUAUCUUCCUUAAGAGCAAUGAAGCCUCAGGAGAAGUGGCACAGAACAUUAUUUUGGGCUUCUUGGCUUGUGUUGGCACGGAUGCAGACGCAUUACAGCAAGGACUCGAUUUAAUCGCUCGGAACGUUGUCAGUUUGGGUGGUGAAGGCUGGAAGUUCCGUUUUGGCCCUAAUCGUCUUGUUGAAAUCGGUCGAGAGGACCAACAGGUUGGUUCUGAUAAGUCUGCCGAGGCUAAAGUUUUGGAUUUCGUGAAGGCACUUGACAAUGGAUGCAAGUACUUUGUCGAAUUGGCAAAACAGCUAGACGAUGAACCGGUUAGGAGAUUAUUCGUCGCAUUGCUUCGUAAAUGGCUUGAUCAGGGCUCUCAGUCUCUUUCAGAAGAUAAUUCGUUUAUCAGAUUGGCUGAUCUUCGACUUCUAGAGAGUUUGGCUAAAGAAUUCAAGGAGACUCUUGCAGAAUCACCGCUUGAGCUCUUUGACCUUAUUCAGAGUGUUCUCAAGCAUAGAAACGAUUUGGCUACAGAGGAUGCCAAUAUGGAUGUGGAUUCUGAUGACGAAGAUGCUGAUACAUCAGGCUCUGAUGAACUCACUACGGUGGUUCUUGAGCUUCUCUCGGCAGUUCUUUCUGAAACACAACCUUCUACGCUCGACGAAGACUGCAAGAAUAAGUUAGCACAAAUCAAGAAGACACUAGCUGAAAGAUUCAGUCUGCUUCCUUCAGCAACGUCUUUGUCAGAAAGAAUUGGACUUCUUCUACAAGGCGACACUCCUGCUAAGAAUGAAACCGAAGCUCACCAAAAGAUCUUUACUCGUGCUAUCUCAAACCUCAAUGACCCCUUAGUUCCCAUCAGAGCCCAUGGACUUUAUUUAUUAAGGCUGUUGGUGGAACAACAAAGUCCAGUUCUCAGCGUGGACUUUGCACUCAAUUUGCAUCUCAUCCAACUCAAAGACCCAGAACCCUUCAUCUACCUCAAUGCUAUCAAGGGUCUUGAUAGUUUACUCGACUGGGACGCCUCUACGGUUCUUCCACAGCUUGUGGGACUUUAUGCUGGUACUAAUGAAGAAAAAGUCGAUCUUGAUGAACGUCUUAAGAUCGGUGAGGUGAUUCUUCGGUUCAUCCAAAGUCAGGAUGAAGCUUUCACUGGGUCUCUAGCAAAAACUGUUGCUGACGGAGCUCUACUGUUAAUUAGAAGGCCCUCUGGAGAUCAGCCUUUAGUGGACGAUAGACUCAGAAUGUCAGCGAUGUCUUUACUAGGAACCUGUUGCAAUACUAAUCCAAUUGGUAUCUAUGAUAACCUUGAAAACGCUUUGGAUUGUGCUAUUGGUAUUCUUCAAUUAGAGACUGAUAAAGAUAAGGCCAUAAUGAGACGUUCCGCUAUUGUUCUCAUUCAUGAUUUGAUCGUGGGAACCUCUAAAUCAGACGUUGUUGCAUUCCCAGCUUCUUAUAGAGACAAGGUUUUGACGGUUUUGCGUUAUGUCAAGGAUAACGAUAAUGACUUACUUACUAGAGAACAUGCACAGUCUGUGCUUGAUACUAUUGACGAGCUUGUCAAAGCACUCAUGUCAACUGAAGAGGAAUAG